UCCAAGCCCGAGGUUGACCAGAAGGGAGCAGGCAGGCAGACGGGUCUGAUCCCUCUGAGGUGCUCCAGCCAUGAGGCUCCUCCUGGGGCUGAUCUGGGCAUCUGGCUUCUUCGCCUUGUCUCUGCAGAAGUCCAGGUUGCUCCUGUUUUCUCCUUCUGUGGUUCACCUAGGGGUCCCCCUGUCAGUGGUGGUGCAGCUCCAGGAUGCUCCUCCCGGGCAGGUAGUGACAGGAUCAGUGUUCCUGAGAAACCCGUCCAACCAUCGUCAUCUCUGUUCUGCGGAGGUGGAUUUCACCCUCAACUCAGAGAAAGACUUCAUACUCCUCAGCCUCCCGAUCUCCCUGAAGGAUGUGAAGGACUGUGGCCUCCAUCUCCUCCGCAGAGCCCCCGAGGUGCAGCUUGUGGUCCAGUCGUCAUGGCUGAAGAACUAUCUGUCCAAGCAGACUGACAGGCAGGGUGUCAACCUGUUCUUCUCCUCUCGCCGGGGCCACCUCUUUCUGCAGACUGACCAGCCCGUUUAUAACCCUGGCCAGCGCGUUCGGUACCGAGUCUUUGCUCUGGAUCAAAAGAUGCGCCCAUCCACUGAUACCCUCACAGUCACGGUGGAGAACUCUUGUGGCCUCCACGUGCGGAAGAAGGAGGUAUAUGCUCCCACCUCCAUCUUCCAGGAUGACUUUAUGAUCCCAGACAUCUCAGAGCCAGGGACUUGGAAGAUCUCAGCCCGAUUCUCAGAUAGCCUGGAUUCCAACAGCAGCACCCAGUUUGAGGUGAAGAAAUAUGUCCUUCCCAACUUUGAGGUGAAGAUCAUUCCUGAAAAGCCCUACAUCCUGACAGCACCUGGCUUUCUCAGUGAAAUCCAAGUAGACAUCCAGGCCAGGUACAUCUAUGGGAAGCCAGUGCAGGGGGUGGCAUAUGUGCGCUUUGGGCUCCUGGGAGAGGACGGUGAAAAGACUUUCCUUCGGGGGCUGGAGCAUCAGAGCAAGCUGAUAGAUGGCCAGUGUCGCAUUUCCCUCUCAAAGGCUGAGGUUCAGGGUGCGCUGGAGAAGCUGAGUAUUAAUAUUAAUGACCUCCCAGGGCAGCGCCUCUAUGUGGCAGCCUCCAUCAUUGAGUCACCAGGAGGGGAGAUGGAGGAGGCAGAGCUCACAUCCUGGGCCCUGGUCCGCAACAUAUCAGGCUCCCCAGCCCUUGGCAUUCCCGUCAAAGUUUCUGCCAAGUUGUCUUCUGGAUCUUCUUCUAAAAACCAGGACUUUCAACAAAACACCGACAGGAGCGGCCAAGUCAUUGUUCCCAUUGCUGUCUCUCCAACAACCUCAGAAGUGCAGCUUUUGGUGUCUGCAGGCUCCACCCACCCUAUCACAGGCAGGCUCACCGUGAGAGCCCCCUCGUCACGAAGCUCCGGGUUUCUGUCUAUUGAGCAGCUGAAUCCUCAACCCCCUAAAGUCGGGGACACCAUUAACCUAAACCUGCGAGCCGUGGGCAUCAGUGGGAACAGCUUCUCUCAUUUCUACUACAUGAUCCUAUCCCAGGGCCAGAUCGUGUCUGUGCAUCGAGAGCCCAGGAGGACACUGACCUCCGUCUCCGUGUUUGUGGACCAUCACCUGGCACCCUCCUUCCACCUGGUGGCCUUCUACUAUCAUAGGGGCCUCCCAGUGGCCAAUUCCCUGCGAGUGGACGUUCAGGCUGGGGACUGUGAGGGCAAGCUGGAGCUGAAUGUGGAUGGUAGCAAGGAAUACCGUCCUGGGGAUACUGUAAAGCUCCACCUGCAGACAGAUUCUCCAGCCCUGGUGGCACUGGGAGCUGUGGACAUGGCUCUGUAUGCUGUGGGCAGCAAGUCCCAGAAACCCCUUGACAUGGUCAAGGUCUUUGAAGCUAUGAACAGCUAUGACCUUGGCUGUGGUCCUGGGGGUGGGGACAGUGCCCUUCAGGUGUUCGAGGCAGCUGGUCUGGCCUUUUCUGAUGGAGACCAAUUGACCUCUACCAGAAAGAGUCUGAGCUGUCCCAAGGAGACAAAAACCCGGAAAAAGAGAAACGUGAACUUCCAAAAGGCAAUUCAGGAGAAGUUGGGCCAGUACGCUUCCCCCAUGGCCAAGCGCUGCUGCCAGGAUGGGCUGACGCGACUGCCCAUGGCGCGCACCUGUGAGCAGCGGGUGGCUCGUGUGAAGCAGCUGGACUGCCGGGAGCCCUUCCUGUCCUGCUGCCAGUUUGCUGAGGGCCUGCGCAAGAAGCUCCAGUCCAAGGACCAGGCAGGCCUUGCCCGAGCCAUGGAGAUCCUGCAGGAGGAGGAACUGAUGGAUGAAGAUGACAUCCCCGUGCGCAGCUUCUUCCCUGAGAACUGGCUCUGGAGAGUGGAGACAGUAGACCGCUUCCUCCAAUUGGCACGGCCGCUCCCUGACUCUCUGACCACGUGGGAGAUCCAUGGCGUGAGCCUGUCUAAAAGCACAGGCUUGUGUGUGGCUACUCCUGCCCGGGUCCGAGUAUUCCGGGAAUUCCACCUGCACCUCCGCCUGCCUGUCUCUGUUCACCGCUUUGAGCAGCUUGAACUGCGGCCUGUCCUCUACAACUAUCUGGAUGCAGAUAUGACCGUGAGCGUCCACGUGUCCCCAGUGGAGGGGCUGUGCCUGGCUGGGGGUGGAGGGCUAGCCCAGCAGGUGCUGGUGCCCGCGGGCUCUGCCCGGCCUGUGGGCUUCUCUGUGGUACCCACAGCGGCUGCAGCUGUGCCCAUUAAGGUGGUGGCUCGAGGAUCCUUGGAGUUCCCUGUGGGGGACGCAGUAUCUAAGGUUCUACAAAUUGAGAAGGAAGGGGCCAUUCACAGGGAGGAGAUGGUCUAUGAACUCAACCCCCUGGACCCCCGAGGCCGGACCUUGGAAAUUCCUGGCAACUCUGAUCCCAAUAUUAUCCCUGAUUCAGAUUUCAGGAGCUUUGUCAGGGUCACAGCCUCAGAUGCAUUGGACACUUUGGGCUCUGAGGGGGCCUUGUCACCAGGAGGCCUGGCCUCCCUCCUGAGGCUUCCCCAGGGCUGCGGGGAACAAACCAUGGUCCUCUUGGCUCCAACAUUGGCUGCUUCCCGCUACCUGGACAAGACAGAGCAGUGGAGCAAGUUGCCCCCUGAGACCAAGGACCACGCUGUGGAUCUGAUCCAGAAAGGCUACACGCGGAUCCAGGAGUUUCGGAAAACAGAUGGUUCCUAUGGGGCUUGGUUAAAACGGGACAGCAGCACCUGGCUCACAGCCUUUGUGCUGAAGGUACUAAGUUUGGCCCAGGAACAGGUGGGCGGCUCACCUGAAAAGCUGCAGGAGACGGCCGAGUGGCUGCUGUUGCAGCAGCAGGAUGACGGGUCAUUCCAGGACCCCUGUCCAGUUAUGCACAGGGAAAUGCAGGGGGGCUUAGUGGGAAAUGACGAGACCGUGGCACUCACAGCCUUUGUGGUCAUCGCCCUUCAGCACGGGCUGGCUGUCUUCCAGGACAGGAAUUCAGAGCAGUGGAGGAGAGUGGAAAACUCCAUCUCCAGAGCAAACACAUUCUUGGGAGCAAAAGUAAGUAGUGGGCUCCUGGGCACCCAUGCAGCCGCCAUCUCAGCCUAUGCCCUGUCGCUGACCAAGGCCCCUGAGGACCUGCGGGAUGUUGCCCACAACAACCUCAUGGCCAUGGCCCAGGAGACUGGUGAUAACCUGUACUGGGGCUCAGUCAUCAAUUCUCACAGCAACGUCCUGCCACCCACCCUGGCUCCUCGCAGCCCAGCAGACCCCAUGCCCCAAGCCCCGGCCCUGUGGAUUGAAACCACAGCCUAUGGCCUGCUGCACCUGCUGCUUCGGGAGGGCAAGGCCGAGAUGGCUGACCAUGCUGCGUCCUGGCUGACCCGCCAGGGCAGCUUCCAAGGGGGAUUCCGCAGCACCCAGGACACGGUGAUCGCCCUGGAUGCCCUGUCUGCAUACUGGAUCGCUUCCCACACCCCUGAGGAGCAGGGGCUCAAUGUGACUCUCAGCUCCAUGGGCCGCAGUGGGUUCAAGUCCCAUGCGUUGCAGCUGACCAACCACCAAGUUCAGGGACUGGAGGAGGAGCUGCAGUUUUCCUUGGGCAGCAAGAUUAAUGUGCAGGUGGGAGGAAACAGCAAAGGAACCUUGAAGGUCCUUCGUACCUACAAUGUCCUGAGCAUGAAGAACACGACCUGCCAGGAUCUUCAGAUUGAAGUGAUAGUUGUUGGCCACGUCGAGUACACGAUGGAGGCGAAUGAAGACUACAAGGACUACGAGUAUGAGGACCUGCCAGCCAAGGAUGACCCAGCGGCCCAUUCCCAGCCCGUGACGCCCCUGCAGCUGUUUGACGGACGGAGGAACCGCCGCAGGAGGGAGGCACCCAAGGUGGCCGAGGAACAGGAAUCUAGGGUGCAGUACACCGUGUGCAUCUGGCGGAAUGGCAAGGUGGGGCUGUCGGGCAUGGCCAUCGCGGACAUCACCCUCCUGAGUGGAUUCUAUGCCCUGCGGGCCGACCUGGAGAAGCUGACCUCCCUCUCUGACCAGUACGUGAGUCACUUUGAGACCACGGGGCCCCACGUCCUGCUGUACUUCGACUCGGUCCCCACCUCCCGGGAGUGUGUGGGCUUUGGAGCUGUGCAGGAGGUGCCCGUGGGGCUGGUGCAGCCGGCCAGCGCCGUCCUAUAUGACUACUACAACCCCGAGCACAAAUGUUCUGUGUUUUACGGGGCACCAACCAAGAGCAAACUCUUGUCCACGUUGUGCUCUGCCGACGUCUGCCAGUGUGCUGAGGGGAAGUGCCCUCGACAGCGGCGGGCCCUUGAGCGGGGGCUGCAGGAGGUGGAUGCUUACAGGAUGAAGUUUGCCUGCUACUUUCCCCGCGUGGAGUAUGGCUUCCAGGUUAAGGUUCUCCGAGAAGAUGGCAGAGCUGCUUUCCGCCUCUUUGAGACCAGCAUCAUCCAAGUCCUGCACUUCACCAAGGAUGCCAAGGCCAAGGCUGGUCAGACCCGAAACUUCCUGGUUCGAGCCUCUUGCCGCCUUCGCUUGGAACCUGGGAAAGAAUAUUUGAUCAUGGGUCUGGACGGGAGCACCUAUGACCUCAAGGGAGACCCCCAGUACCUGCUGGACUCGAACAGCUGGAUCGAGGAGAUGCCCUCGGAGCGCCUGUGCCGGAGCAGCCGCCAGCGGGCAGCCUGUGCCCAGCUCAAUGACUUCAUCAAUGAGUACAGCACCCAGGGCUGCCAGGUGUAGCGGCUGCCCUCCUGCCUGCCCCGGGAGGAGCCUGAGCCAGGGAAAGCUCACGCCUGGAUGGGUGCUGUGCCUGGUCCCCUGAACAUAGCCCCAGGCAGGACCGGGGACUCAAUAAAGGCCUUUGGCAGCAAA